AUGGAGGACAUCAAUUGGGAACUUGGGGAAAUUGUGAACAACAACCAUGUUAAUGGUGGUGAUGGUAUAGCGACAGCUACAAGAAAGGUUUACGACCAAUAUUUCUUUCCUAUAAUUUGUGAUGUUAAGCUCUGUGAAUACCACCCUCAAGUACUCGCUGAUACAUUCGCGAGGGAGAGGGAGGCAUGUUGGUACUUUUUCUCCCCAAGAAAUAGGAAAUACCUGAAUGGAAGCCGGCCGGACCGAGCCGUCGGAGAGAAUGGAAGUUGGAAACCUACCGGUGUCAAUGCCGAGAUUAAAAACCCCGGCAAAGAUUCAAGAAAUAGCACAGAUGAUGAUCCCAUGAAGUUGGACGAAUGGGUGCUGUGCAAAGUCUACAAGACAAGAAAAUCCAAGAAAGACAAGGAUGUUGAUGAUAUUAAUUAG